GCAUACUCUAAUUACAAAUGUAAACAAUUAAUAAAUAAGUCUUGUGAUACAACAAGCUAUAAAUCUGUAAAAAUCGUCACAAAAUAAAUAUGUACUAAUUGUAAACAGUAGACAACAUUUAAGUGGUAAACAUGGUGCGGGCUUGGUACUUAAAUGAAGAAGAAAUUAAAAAUGUUAAAGAAAUGAAUUUAUCAUUACCACCUAAAUAUGUGGAUUUGGAAGAUCUGUACGCACUUUGCGGUGCGGAGUUUUAUGAGAUGAAUGGUCAAGAUGAGUUUCAAAAGUUUCGACAAGAAAAAGAACUUAAUUAUGAAAUGAAACACACGGAAUUUGUCAGAAGUGAUUUAACAUCUACAUUUGAUGAACAUAUUUUAACCGAGGAUGUUUAUUAUUUGACAGUUGAAGGCAGUGGAUACUUGGAUGUAAGGGACUCCAAUGAAAGGUGGAUUAGAAUAGAAAUGGUUGAGAAAGAUCUUGUUUGCGUAAAGAAACAUGCUUUACGUCGUUUUACUGAAGAUAAAAAUGUAAGUUGUGGACUACGACAUGUGGAGCUUUAUUCUGGCAAAAUAUAUGCAAAGGAUGCAAAAAUCAAAUGUUAUAAAGGGCGCCAAAAAUACAAGACAGCUGUAAAUAAAGUUAAAUAAAUAUUUUAAUUUAUUUAGUAAUUUGUAAUAAAUUUAC